AAAAACUUAAAUUGCAUUUAGCAAUUUUGUGAAUCGUUUAUAUCUCUUAUAUUCUGCCCUAGCCAGGGCUUUCAGUAUGCAUGAGUGUGCCUUUUGCCUUUCUAGUGAUAAAUAUUUCUCUUGAUGCUCAACUUAAUUCAUCUUUGGGAAAAUUAGUCAUGUCAGCCAGUAGGCUAGAGAUUUCCAGAUGCUGAUAAUUUUUAUGAACCAAUCUUUAACUUUGCUGAACUAAGUUCAACCCUGACAAUAUUCUAAAGUCACUGAAACAUCUCUUCAUCUCACAGUGCCAUUGAUGAUAAUUUGUUUGUUUUUGGAAGUUAAAUGGAAAAAAAUCAUUGAGAGAGCUGUGGAUAAAUGUUGGAAACAACAGGAAACAACAAAAAAGCUAAAUACAAAUGAGGAGAAACGAGGAGAAUCAAAAAAUCUAGGCCCUCAUUAAGUGAAAUUCUGUCUUGUGUUUAUUUCCCCCAAAGUUUCUCGGUAGAAGCAUCAACUGCUUGGGUCACAAAAGAUGACUAAAAAUUUGUUAAUUAAUGCAACAUUUUUUCUGAAAUUACUUACUACUUUUCACAAGAGAUCAAAGCUCUAGUGGUUGGGUUUGCGCAAGUGCUGAAAUAUCAACAAGCUUAAAAAUAAUCACCCUUAAAACACCAGUGAAAAUGAGUUUGGAUCAGGGUAGCAUCAUCAAUGGAAUAGUCAGUCUACCCAAAGAAAGAUCUACCUGGAGUGAAUUUGCAGUGGUUGUAACACACGGUGCUGGAGGAGACAUGAACAUACAGCAGUUGAAGGAACUGUCGCAGGCUGUUGCACGCGCUGGGUUGGUUUGCUUGCGAUUUACUUGCAAAACACCGAAUUUUGGCCACAGAGUUAGGUGCUUUGCAGCAGCAGUGAGACAUUUAAAAACAAGUGAAGAAUUCAAAGUCAAGGGUUGCAUUGUUGGAGGAAGAUCUAUGGGCGGUCGUGUUGCUGCAGAACUAGCAACUUUGCAUGGUAAGGAGGAUCCUUUUGUCUUGGGUGUUUUCUGUUUGUCUUACCCUUUGCAUCGACCAAAACGCUACAAUGAUCUUCGAGUGGCUCACCUGAUACAUCUAAGUGUACCCGUGAUGUUUGUAAGUGGCACAAAAGAUCCUAUGUGUAGAAUGGACUUGAUGGAAUCAACUAUCGAUAGAAUCGGCAGUGAUGUAAGAGUGCAUUGGCUUCACGAUGCCGACCAUUCUUUGAAUCUCAAGGGAAAAUGCGAUGAUGAAAUCCUGGCAAAGAUCUGUGAAUGGACCAUCAGCUGGAUUCAGUCAGUGUUUAUGGCUGAAAGGUGACCUGUUGCUCAACCUAUUGUGCCAUUAUGAAGAGUUGGGGAAAUCAAGGCCUCGCCUUUCAGCGUACGAUGUGUUUAUCUAGCCAUUGUUCUUCGAAGACUAAACGAGACAGUUGAAUAAUCUUUCGCAAUGAACAACUGCUACCUCCAGGGAGAAAUUUAUGAACUUCUUGCAUCUCGUUAUGAAUAUUAGAUGUCCUUUCUAUAUUGCUAAGAAAAACACUUAAGAAAUUUACAGAGCAUGAUUCGAGUUUUUUUAUCAAUCAGAUUUUAAGUUGACGAUUUCAGGGGCUACAGCUGGAGCGGGAUACCCCCUCCCAUCUACGUUGAUUUGAUUCCCUUGUUUCUUCAAAUUCGGCGAUCUUUUUCAAGAACAGCACCCCAUUUCUUGUUUUCCUGUUUCAUUUUUCAUUUCUUGUUUACCUGUUUCAUUUUUAGAGAACUGUCAACGAAUAUGUAUUUAAUACUUUAUGCCGUUGCAUGACUUACCAUAUAUUAUGUACAUUAAAAAACUCUUGUCAUAAAAUUUCUUGUCCACGUCUUAUCUUGUCAUGGUUGAGGUGGGUAAAAUUUAGCACAUAGCCUAAUGGAGUUAUGAGGAAUUACCGAAAACAAAUUCCUUAUCGGCAUUUGCGAGCGAAACCUUUUCUUGUUAUAAGAAUUGUUCAAGUAUCUACAGUGGUAACACAAGGCUUAAUUCUUGGAAUGUUGCUGUUUUUAGUCUACACGAAGAAUAAUCAGUAGUAGAGCACCUUUAGUAACAACAGUUUUGAUUGGUAAUCAUUCACAAAUGGGGAUCCUACCAGUACCGACCGUACCAAGUUUUUACUGGCUUUGCUAUUCCUUGCUCAGAAUUUUGUCUUUACAAUAAGAUUCUUUAGAACAGAUGUACCUUGUAGUGUGCAUUUACUCGAAUAAUAAUUUUGGCAGUUAUGAUGUGCAAGAAUCCACUUCAAAUUUAAAGAAAGUAAGAUCCGAUAAGCAAUUCCAUCAUUGCUGUCCGUUCCGUCGAAGCUUUCGACGGGGAACUUAUUCUCCUCAUAGCUCAUAGCUAAAAAUCUGUGUAAUUUAUGUAAUAAUUCUAAUGGAAAUGUUAUCCUUUCUGCAUUUGUAUUUCUCAAAACCCGAAACUAGACCGAAUUUUCCAACAGUUGGUUAUCGUGUAAAGGUUAAAAUAAAGCUAAUGAUACAGGGGUGUGCAAACUUUUUGGAGACUGGGCCAGAUCCUUCAGACCUUUUUUUAAGCGGGCCAAAGGUAAUAAGAAAAACGAAAACAAUAGUU